AUGAGAUUCUGGACGUUCUCUCACCCAUCGAAGUCGACUCGUCGUUUGGAUGUUGCUUCAAAAGGUAUCAAGGAAGCGUUGCUCGUCUCUGCAAACGAUGUUCAAACAACGACUCGAACAGCAAACAACGAGCGAGGGACGAGGCCAUCUCAACAGCAGAGAUAUAAAAAAGGUGAAAUCGUAACAACACCAGGUGGAAUUCGCAAAAAAUUCAACGGGAAACAAUGGAGACGGCUGUGCAGCAAAGAAGGAUGUAACAAGGAAUCGCAGCGACGUGGCUACUGUUCCAGGCAUCUUUCAUUAAAGGGUAAAUCUAUUCGAUCAGAAUUUAAUCUUGCAACUACACUUUCACCAGGUAGUAGUUCGAUCGAUUGGUCACACGGAGAAUUCUCGGAGUUGAGUCCGGUAGAAGUACAGGGCCGUCGAUUCGACGAAGCUGAUGUUGCCAACACUCUUUUGAAUCUUCACAAUACUCACGGUUUCAUGCCAUCGCCAAAUGUAGAACAACCGUUUUCGUCAUCAGCUCCGGCACGGUUCCAUCAUAUUGUCCCACCAAAUCCUUUAGCUCCAAAGUUGUUGUCCGGCAGUGCACCACCUUUAUCACACUCGUGCACUGUAGAUGAUACUCUUAGUGAAGUGAUCAAGAUAGACAAAUCCAUUAUUAACCAUGGUCUGUAUCAUCCGAAUUUAAAGACUGUUGCGGAUCGAUUCCUUGAGCGAGCAUAUCCACAGCCAUGUGAUUUGUUGCCUCUUAUGCCUAUACAUGUUCCAAGGAAGAAGGAUUCUUCGUUGGAAUUGAAUAUUUGUUCGAAUACAAGCAACUCAUUACUGAUGCAGCUUACUCCUCGUUUUGAUCCGUUCGUAUCAUUUAGUAUGUUAUCAGAGGUGUCAAACAAUGCAGGAACUUCAAAAUCGGAUGACUCAGCAUCUCCAAUGGGAGAUUUUUCAACAAGCAAGAAAUUUUCCGAGAGUGACGAUAUACUCGAUGAUGCAAGCACUGCUGGCACGGAUACAGAAGUAGAUGAUGCAAGUGAAAAAACACAAUCUUGUAAAGGUGAUGGCUGCAAUGAUGAAAAUGUAACAGACAAUGACGAUUUCGAGGAAGACUGCAGUAGUAGUGUUCAUGAACAACUUUUCCCUGGAAGCGAAAGAAGUGGAAGUGUGGCUGGGACAUUUCCUGGUGAAAGCAUUGCGGGACAUGAUGUUAUGGAUGACUAUUCGGAAGGUGAAACUGAUCAAGAAGGCGAAAGAUUUUCAUCAUCGAUUCCAUGGCAUCAUUUGGUGCCUCAUUUACAGAAACGGGUGUUCGAAAGUUCGCUGAAAGAAUUUACAUCAACACCUGAUGACUCAACGCAAGAUACGGUUUGCUUUCAUGCAUCCUUCAGUACUUACCUCUCGAUGUUUGUACAAAAUAUUUUUGGACCAAAAGAAUUCAGUGAUGACCAACAAACUAGCGGUGCUAGGAAGACGCUCGAUGAAGAUCAAGGUACGGACCAGUUUGAAGCCGAAGGUGACAGAUGUGAUAAUGCUGCUGAUUGCACUGAUAAAAUGCAGAAUCAUAGAGUGAUCGACGACGAUGAAAACGGAAGAGAGAGCACUGAGAAUAGUACAUUGGAAAAUGGAACUGUUCAGCGGGAACACUUCUUGCGGAAACAGCAACACGGUGUUAGCCAGUGCUACAACAAAGGCUAUGGAUUUGAAAAGACAGACGAGAGUGCAGAUGCUCAGAUUACAGCGUAUUAUGAAUCGGAGACUUCGAAGAACAUUUUGCUUGAUCACUUUAACUUCGAAUUUGAAGAUGAGGAAUCGUUUGAAUUGAAUACAGUUGAUGAAUCAGUGUCAGCAUCAUCAAAAAGACGUAAACUACAUACAGUUCUCAGUCCAGAUAUUGGCGACAAAAAAGCUGUUCGGCAGCAUAUACGACGGCCGAUGAAUGCUUUCAUGAUUUUCUCAAAACGACAUCGACCAUUAGUGCAUGAAAAGUAUCCGAAUCGUGACAAUCGAACAGUUUCAAAAAUUCUUGGCGAGUGGUGGUACGCACUGGGUCCCGAGGAGAAGCAGAAAUAUCAUGAUCUUGCCACUCAGGUGAAGGAAGCACAUUUUCGUGCUCAUCCCGAUUGGAAAUGGUGUAGUCGUGAGAGAAAGAAAACAACAAAUGGCAUCAGAUUGGAAACAGAAAUACGUAAUCCCAUGAGUGAUCUCGAUAUUUCGGAUCAGAUGGCGUCAGAGUGUAUCGAUGGGAAGUCUCUUCCAUUGUUCAGUCCAACCACACAUGCAAUUCAUCACCCGAUAUCACUGAGGCCAGAAAUAGAUGUGAUUCCAGGUUCACCACUGGUUAGUCCUGGUUGCAUUCCGCUAUCACUCAUGUCUUCUGGCAGUGAUCAACGGAGCGACAGACAUUAUUUGGACGCACUGCGACCAGUCAUGGGUUUGAAGGCUGAUAGUGGUAACAGCAUGAUGACAACCGAUCCAGAUCGUAUCAUGACCAGCAGUGUACUAGAACCGCGUAUUUCAUCGCUAAAUCCCUCGCCAUUUUCGUGGAAUGCUAUACCAAAUCUUGGAUCGCAUUCGGUCCUUCCCAAUGAACAACAACAACAUUAUCAUUAUACGUGUGGCACGCUCAACACUCUACACACCUUUUGUAGCAAAGCUCACACAGCUUUUAAUUCGCUGAUGGGUUUUUCGACGGCUGAUCGGCUUCGAUUAAAUAGAAAUGCUGCAAUGGAAUCAACCGCACCGCUGUUCCCACUCCCGGUGUCGAUGUCAUCUGAAAACAGCCUUUUCAUUCCGUUAAUUUUGUCUCACGAAUCAGGCAUGCAGAAUCGAUCUGUUUUGAUUUCAUACAAUGAGCAGGCAGGCCGCGUUGCUAAUUUGAAAACAGACAGUAGCUUCAGAAGUCAGAUCGGAACAGAAUUCCAUUUCCCUAAAAAAGCUCGUCAGCAGAUAUCAUUUGCACGCCGGGUUGUCCCUCGCUUUCGUAAUGAUAUUCUCGCUGGCAGUCAGAGCAACAUUAAUGUGAUGAACUCAAGAAGAUCAGCUUUCCAGGUUACGGUUAUGAAAUCUACAAAGAUAGAGCAAAAAGCGAUGGAUGGUAAUCAUCUUAAAAGUUUUUCUGUGGAAUUCACACAACCAUCUGAGAUCGCUUCUUCACUUCCACGUGGCUCAUUAACUAUUGUUCCCUGUACAAAAGAGAAUCUGGAUACUUUUGUACUGAUGCCCACUCCAGCUCAAAGAGGCAUAGCAAAAGGACAAUUGCGAAGUAUGAAAAUUGAAUCUAAAGAAGCAAGCGAAGUGGAAAAGCCACAUGAAACAGUCCAAGAAUCAGGACCUAAGGUUAAAGAUUAUAAGGAAUUGAACGAAGCAGACGUUGUUGAUGUUUCUACAAUGUCAAACAGAUUAUCGAAUAAUGGUGAAAUAGAAUUAAGAAGUCCAAUUAAGAAGCUUUUUAAACGGAACGAUGAGAGCAUGGACAGGGUUUUAAAUCAAAUGGACUUCGAGAAGAAGUUUGCCAACUUGCCAGCAUUCACCCCUGAUGAUCCACAGAAAGGCACAGCAACACUUCCUUCAACACCUUCAGCUCUCUUGAAGACAAUUUUAGAGAAGCAGAAAUGUAGCAGAGAUGAUAGAAAAGAAGAACCUCUGAACAUUCCUCACGCUGCACAGUCAAGACCAAGAACUCCAGCAAUUGCGUCUGCUCGAUAUGACUCUUCGCUCUUCUUUGGAUCGAAUUUCAAUUCAGUGGCACUUCACGAUAAUGAUGGCAGUGUUUCUGCAUUAGCGCUCCGCAGUCCUCGAACACCAAAAACGCCGCUUGAUAGCUCAGCUGAAAAAUCAGCAAGUCGCAAAUUACUUGAUUACCGGCGACAAUUAGUGGUUGAACUUCUUGAAGAAUAUGGAAUGUUUCCUUCAGGGCAAGCUAUUUCGGCUUUCCAAAACAAAUAUCGGCAGUUUUUUCCCAGCAAACAAACUCUAACACUUAAAAUUCGUGAAAUGCGGCAAAAAAUGAUGGCAAGCAUACAGUCUCCUGUAGAACCGUCGUCAGAUUGCUCAUUUCCUCAGAAACGAAACAACUUGUUCGUAAGGCAGUCUGUUUGUACAUCGUCAGGUGAACAUUGUUCCAGUUCGAGUACGAAUCAUUGGUACCAAUACAGUACAUACCGGCGAACGCUAAUAUGAAUGCUAUACAAACGCAAAUGGAAGUGAGGG